AUGCUGGACCGGGCGUUUUGGGCGGCGGCGUACUAUCGGCCGCUGGGCGAGACGCUGGCAGCAUGGGAAGCGAGUGUGCGGGUGUCGGAGCGGUUCGCGUACGUGAUGGAGCACUGGUGGGCGGUGCUGCAGGACGGUUUGCAAGACACGUCGGGGCGACCGCAGUGUCUUGCGCCGUACGACGAGAGCGACUGGUUUGUGCAGCGCCUGAUUCUGCUGUACGUGUGCCAUGUGCCGUAUGUGAGGCAGGGUGCGCCGGAGGAUGCGCAGCCGUUCUUGCCGCUCUUGCGGAAGUAUGCGGCGGGCGCGGUGGAUGCGUGGAUGGAGCGCCACACGGACACGUCGAGGCUGGCGUGGCACAGCACGCUGCAAAGCCUCCUGGAUCCGCAGAAGCACGGUGAGCUGUGCAAAAGCUGUCCGCACCUAUGGGUGCCUGGCCUGACGUUGUUCAGCUAUGUGGACGCCGACGAUGUGACGUUGUACGAGGCGGACGUGGCGCUGCGGUGCCUGACGCAGCCGGGUCCGCUGAGUGUGCAUCAGAACCAGUGGGUGUAUGACUAUGUGCGCACGGUGCCGGCGCACCUGGCCGUGUACUUUGCGAUGCGCGACGGCGGCCCGUGCCAGCCCGGGCACGUUGCGCGUGUGGCGGUGCUGAAUACGCGCACGGCGUACGAAUGGAUGUUGCUCUCGAUGCGUGUCGAGUCGCACGUGAUCUUGACGCUGCUGGAUGUGUGGGGCGACGCGCUGGCGAGUAUGCCGCCGGCGCGCGUGGCGAGUGUGCUGGUGCGCCUGAUGGAUGUGGACGAGAUGAUGCAGGCGGACCUGUCGCCGACGUGUGCGCUCGUGCGCGCUGGAUGGCUCGUGCAGUAUUUCUGCAUGCCGAAGUUUGUCAGCUUGGCGGCCACGCGCGUCGAGUACGGCUCGCUCACCGAGUCGGACGUCAUGUUCCUGUGCGGCUUUGCGCAGAAGCUCGUGGAAGACGGCCGCCUGACGCUGCGCGCGCUCACGGAGGCCGACGUGCGCUUCACGAGCGGCUCGCCGAAGCAGUGUGCGGCUACGCGCAGGGGCCUCCAUCUCCUGAUCCAGGCCAACCUCGAGACCGUGCACAUUCUGCUCAACAUGGUCGCCGUGCGCCAGUCGCGCCACACGUACGGCGCCGCGUUGUACCGCGCCCUCACCGAGGGAGCGCGCCGCGCGGACGCCGCUACAGAGUCACGUGCCUGA